AUGGUUCGCGAACUCAAGCAUCACGAGAAGAAACUUCUCCGGAAGGUCGACUUUCACACGUACAAAUCCGAUGGCAACCACCGCGAGCACACCAUCCGCCAACGGUACCUUCUCCAAGAUCCCAUGGACUACCGCAAAUACAAUGCUCUCUGCGGUUCCCUUCGCUCGCUGGCCCACAAGCUCUCUCAGCUCGACCCAGACUCCGACCCUGUUCGCAAGAAGAUGGAAUCAGAAAUGCUGGAUAAAUUGUGGCGCAUGGGUAUUUUGAAGCAGUCGCGCGAACAGGGUGCGGGAUUGUCCAAAGUCGAGCGCGAGGUUACGGUCUCUGCAUUUUGCCGACGCAGAUUGGCCGUUUUGAUGGUUCGCACUGGCAUGGUCGAAACUAUCAAGGCUGCGGCCACGUUCAUCGAGCAGGGGCACAUUCGUGUCGGAACUGAGGUUGUCACCGACCCAGCAUUCCUGGUGUCGCGGAACAUGGAAGACUUCCUCACAUGGGUCGACUCUAGCAAGAUCAAGCGCAACAUUAUGCGCUACCAGCAGAAGCUGGAUGACUUUGAUCUCCUGUGA